ACGUGCUUCAACCGGGAGAGACAGUGAACGAAUGAAUCGUCUAAUUUUUGUUUAAAACACCGAAUCGUUUACAAACGAAAUACCACUACACCCGAGCAGCUGAGAUGAAUAGAAAUUCUAACCUAUAACUCACUCCAGGUAGAACUGCUUGAUACACGGAGUUUGCCAUCUCCACCGUUGUAGGAAUCGCUCUGGCAGGUCACGUGAUCUCGCUGCCAGUCAGGGAAAUGUUGAACUGCUUUGGCUUCAUCCAGUCGAGUGUUAAGCGUCAGUGGAGUGGAGAGCGAGAGAGCUGAAUACCACAAUCAUGGCAACCACAACAGCAGAAGCCGAAACCCGCCAGAGACUGCUGCGAAACGUGAAGAAGGAGGUCAAGCAGAUCAUGGAGGAAGCAGUCACAAGAAAGUUUGUUCAUGAAGACAGCAGCCAUAUUGUCUCAUUCUGUGCUGCUGUUGAAGCCUGUGUGCUUCAUGGUUUGAAGCGGAGAGCUGCCGGUUUCCUACGAAGCAACAAGAUAGCUGCACUCUUCACCAAAGUGGGCAAAAGCUUCCCUCCAGCUGAGGAGCUGUGCAGAAAAGCCCAGGAGCUGGAACUGGUCUUUGAAAGCAAACGAAGUCAGUCUCUCUCAUACAGCGAGAGCACCCGUAAGAUGCCCAAAGUCCCAAAGUUCUCGCCUCAGGCUGUCCGACACUUGUGGAUCCACACCGCACUCAUUGAGAAAGUGCUGGACAAGAUUGUGCUGUACCUGGUGGAAAACAGCAGUAAGUUUUACGAGAAGGAGGCUAUACUAAUGGAUCCUGUGGACGGCCCUAUCCUCGCCUCUUUGUUAGUGGGUCCCUGUGCGUUAGAGUACACUAAAAUGAAGACGGCAGAUCAUUUUUGGACCGAUCCUUCAGCUGACGAGUUGGUGCAAAGACAUCGUAUUCACAGUGGUCACUGCCGACAAGACUCGCCUACAAAAAGACCUGCUCUCUGCAUUCAGAAAAGACACUCCAGUAGUAGUAUGGAUGAAAGGCCAUCUCCCUCCCCCUCCGCCAGAGACUACGUGGAGUCUCUUCAUCAGAAUUCCAGAGCGACCCUCCUGUUCGGCAAGAACAACGUACUGGUGCAGCCGAGGGAUGAUAUGGAAGCAAUCCCAGGGUACCUCUCUCUACACCAGACGGCUGACUGCAUGACUCUGAAAUGGACGCCAAAUCAGCUAAUGAACGGCUCCAUGGGAGAUCUCGAAUAUGAGAGGAGUGUUUACUGGGACUACGCCAUGACAAUCCGCCUGGAGGAGAUUGUGUACCUGCACUGUCAUCAGCAGGUGGACUGUGGGGGAACAGUGGUUCUGGUUAGUCAGGAUGGGAUUCAAAGGCCUCCGCUUCGUUUUCCCCGUGGUGGUCACCUCCUACAGUUCCUCUCCUGUCUGGAAAAUGGUCUGCUGCCUCACGGCCAGUUAGACCCUCCGCUUUGGUCCCAGAGAGGAAAGACCUAUGAGGAGAAGGAGUUACUGAGGCUAGUUUAUUUCGGUGGAGUUGAGCCUUCUUUACGAAAGGAAGUCUGGCCUUUCCUGCUGGGUCAUUACCAAUUUGGGAUGUCUGAGGCUGAGAGAAAAGAGGUGGAUGAGCAGAUGCGAGCGUGCUAUGAGCAGACGAUGAGUGAAUGGCUGGGGUGUGAGGCCAUUGUUAGGCAGAGAGAAAAAGAACAGCACGCUGUGGCGUUAGCCAAGUGUUCGUCUGGGGCGAGUAUAGACAGCACCACACAAAGAAUAAUGCACCAUGACUCCACCAUCAGUAAUGAGUCCUCGCAGAGCUGUAGUUCAGGCAGGCAAAGACAUUCCAGGCUGCAGAGCGACUCCAGCAGUGGUACUCAAGUGUUUGAGUCUGUUGAAGAGGUCGACCAGAUUGAGUCUGAGCCCAAGAGUGAAGACAUCAAACAUGUUUCCAAAAUCUCAAAUGGAACACUCCAAAAUGGCACCAGUUCUCCAGACUCUGGUCACCCCUCUUCCAGAAACUUCUCCGUUACUUCUGGUCAGUCGGACUCCUUGAGCACAGAGGACAGUGGGAUACAUGACCCAAGCCUUAAAGCCCAACUACAGCUAGCAGUAUCAAAGGAAAGGUUUGCAAGUUCAUCUGGAGAGGAAGGAAAGGCGACUGAGGAAGGUGAGACCAAAUCGGUUGAGAAACUAGGUGUGAGAGAAUAUAGUAAAAUUGAGGUUAACAAAGUGUUGUCUUUGGAUGCAGUUGUGACAAAAUCAGAGAGAAGCAAGAAGGCCACAGAGAGCUCAGAGAAAAGGGCAGAGGUCGAGACAGGGGGGUUGAAAACAGCUCGAGAUGCUUUUGAGGCUCCUGCAAUAGCUCGCAGCCACAUGACCAAAAUGGAAGUGGGCGAACCUACAGAGAGAACUUUGACAUCAAAAAAUGAAGCACUGGCACAGCAAACUGAUUCAGAUAUUCCCAAAGCAACAGAAGUCGUGGAAUUGACUCCUCCAGAGCUGAAGAUGAUUGAGAAUCGGGUAAAUGUGGACAUUGAAAGGUCCCAAAUGGGAAUUAAACAUAUUAGAGCAAUCCAAGAGAAACCUUUGGUAACAAAAGAUCAUAAAUUAUCAGAUGCACUUGAGCAGAAGGUUGUAGCUGACACACUGGUGUCUGUUUCAAAGGACGAUGAUACAGAGAAAGAAACGGCGAAAACCGAUGAAGUAAGCCAAGUUAAAUACUCCAAGACAUGCAUAGAUGAUGCCAACAAUAUUAGUGGCACACAAAUAGCUUUAAGACUAGGUGAUGAGAAAGAGAAGAAGACUAUGAAGACCAGUGAUUUACCCAAUGAAGCUGGAACCGCAGUAAAGAGGAAAGCAGCAUCAGUUCUCUCAAAAACCACUGGUACAGAGCAAAUAGAAGAGAAGGUUGUUACAAUGAGGACCACACAUAAAGAAAUGCAGAGGAACGCUCCAGUAGUUGAGGAGAUGGUGGUUCCUUUGGUGCAUGAAGCUUUUAGCACAAGAGAGAUGGGUGAAGCCCAAGAUGCAACCGAGUCAGACGAGUCUCCCUCUGCCAUUGAAAUGGAAGAGAUUCCUACAGCUAAAGUGUCCAUGGCUUGGGAAAGGAAGAGUUCACCCAAAAGCAAGGCUAGUGAGCAGGGUAAAAUAUUUCCUAAGCUAAAGAAGAGAUGUCCACAGGGAUCCUCAGACUCUGUCUCAGACAAAGAAGAGGAAGAAGCAACAGAUUAUGUCUUCCGCAUUGUUUUCCCAAACAGCCAGUCAGAAUUUGUGGCUCCAGAAUUGAUAGAUCAGGGAGUUAACAUGUGGCACCCAACACCAAGGAAAUCAUCUUGCUCUUCCUGCUCACGGAGUAGUUUCUCUGAUGGAGCACCGCCCAAUGGACGCAACCAUGAAAGGGCCCCUCUGAAGUUGCUGUGUGACAAUAUGAAGAACCAGAUCAUCUCCCGAGCUUUCUAUGGAUGGCUGGUGUACUGCCGUCACCUGUCCACGGUACGCACUCACCUGUCUGGCCUUGUCAAUCACACUAUUGUGGAACCAGAUGUGCCCACUGACGCCUGUGGUGGCCUCACAACAGAAGUGUGGCAGAAGUUUCUUCAAGACUGCAGUAUGGAAGAGAUUCCUACAGCUAAAGUGUCCAUGGCCUGGGAAAGGAAGAGUUCACCCAGAAGCAAGGGUAAUGAGCAGGCAACUGUACCUGUAUUGGAACUCAGGCUGGAGGAAGCUCAUGGAAAGCCUAGCUCUGACAGAAUGAAUUCUGAGGAGCCAGAGAUGGAGAGUCUUUGUCCACAGCUUGAUUCACUGGCUGUAAACACUACAAAUGAAGCUACCUCUCCAGUUUCCUCUAUAGGCACCACUUAUUCUCAAGAGCUUUUGGACAUGUACAGUCUAAAUCUGCACCGCAUUGAUAAAGACGUUCAGCGCUGUGACCGAAAUUACUGGUACUUCACACCUGCUAACUUGGAGAAACUACGCAAUAUCAUGUGCAGUUAUAUCUGGCAGCACCUGGAAAUUGGAUAUGUCCAGGGCAUGUGUGACCUGCUCGCUCCCUUGUUAGUUAUUCUAGAUGAUGAGGCCAUGGCUUUCAGUUGUUUCACUGAACUAAUGACGAGGAUGAAUCAAAAUUUUCCUCAUGGAGGUGCGAUGGACACCCACUUUGCCAACAUGAGAUCUCUGAUCCAGAUUCUAGACGCAGAGCUGUUUGAGCUAAUGCAUCAGAAUGGGGACUACACCCACUUCUAUUUCUGCUAUCGCUGGUUUCUUCUUGACUUUAAAAGAGAGUUGGUGUAUGAUGAUGUGUUUGCUGUUUGGGAGGUCAUCUGGGCUGCUAAGUGUGUCUCCUCCAGUCAUUUUGUGCUCUUCAUUGCUCUUGCAUUGGUGGAGAUAUACAGAGACAUCAUUCUAGAAAACAAUAUGGACUUCACAGACAUCAUCAAGUUUUUCAAUGAAAUGGCUGAGCAUCACAAUAUCAAGCAAAUUCUGACUCUGGCUCGAGACCUGGUGUGCAAAGUGCAGACACUUAUAGAGAACAAGUAACUCUGAAGCCUCUCACCUCUGUUGUUUAUCGUGUUCACAAUGUAACCCAUCAGCCCUUGCUACAAAACAACAGGGAACAUUUGGCCAAAGCUUAAUGAGCUUCAAGUAUAUGGUAACAUUUCCAAUGCCAAAUAUCUUGAUCUACCUGGAAUCAGUCAGUGCACAAUUUUUAACAGAGUCAUCUGGCUCUUUAAUCAGGUUUUACUGAACAUCGUAGUACAUAAAAUUUUAUAAGCAGAUGCUGCUAAUGAGUGGUCAUUCACUGUUAGACAUGGAUUGUUAUCCUGUGUCUAAAAUGCAGUCAGGAUUACCAGUCACUAGUGACUCAUAGGCUCUAUUCCAAAACCUAGUGAGCUGUCUGCUGCCUACUGCCUACAUAAACUGAAAUUUCUAAUUUCAUUCCAGUAGAAUUUGGUGUUCGUUUGUUGCUAAGCCAACAACAUGAUAUUCAUACAGUACAUAGCACACACACACAUACUGGAUAGAAUAGUCAGUUUAAAUCAGAUUUAAACUUUUAUUGAUACUUUUCGGUGAAAACAAGGAUUUAUAAACAUUUUCUUUAUUCAUGUGAUGCUGCCUUAAAAUUUGACCAAAAGAACAUAUCUUAAAAAACAGCAUAAUGUUGCAGAAGUGUGCCUAUGAUGCCUUAAAAUGCUGCCUAUGUAAGCAGCUCACUAGGUUUUGAAAAAGAACAAUAAAAGUUCAGGGGUUCAGGUCAGGUGCAUUUUACUGCUAAGAGACGGUCACACUAGAUUUCAUGCUCCAUUCACUUUCACAUAUAUGGAGUGCACAUAUAUACUCUACUGUUCAAACGUUUGGGGUCAGUCUGAUUUU